AUGGAGGAAGAUAAACUCACAAUAAAGGAUGAUGAUUUUGAAGUCUCAGAGGGUACUCGUGGUCCUUGCAUACGCUUUUGCACCAAGGUGAAGGAACGACUCUACCAUCCCUGGUGGAACGCAAUUAUAAUCAAACUAAUGGGUAGGACCCAUACAUAUAGCUUCUUAUUAGCUCGUCUAAGACAAAAAUGGAGUCUUUUGAAAGGUGCAAUGAGUUUGAUUGACAUGGAAAACAACUUCUAUGUUGUACGCUUUGUGCUUGAGGAAGACAUGAAGUACGUUUUUUCUAGGGGACCUUGUGUAAUUGCUGGGAAAUCUUUAGUGAUGCAGAGAUGGAAACCAAGUUUUGAUCCUAAUGAAGCAACUAUGACUCAUAUGGCUGUGUGGGUGCGUAUUACAGGUUUACAUGUUGAAUGGUUUAAUCCUGAGGCAAUUAAACGUAUUGGGGACCUUAUUGGUGUGACUUAUUGCAUUGAUACUCACACAGUUGCUCAAGCCCGUGGCAAAUAUGCUCGAAUCUGUAUUGAAUUGGAUUUGACCAAACCGUUAAGUGCUAAUGUGCAAGUUGAGAAUAAUUGGUAUGCCAUAGAAUAUGAAGGACUCCAUUUGGUCUGCUUUGGCUAUGGUAUUUAUGGCCAUAAUAGGAACCAAUGUCCAUCUGAAAUUAGAGUCCAUGAUGGUACCCUAAAGCCUAUGGAAGGAGAGUCUACAUUUGAUAAGGAACCUUUUGGGGUUGAUACUGAUAUUGAGACUUCUUCCGGCACUAAGGAUGCUUAUGCAGCUACCACUGCGGAUUCAAGUCAAUUUGGUCCUUGGAACCUAGUUAAACCUUUUAGAAAAAGAAAAAAGAAAAAAAAAGGAGCUUACACAUGCUGA